UGUGUGUGUGUGUGUGUGUGUGUGUGUGUGUGUCACCUGUCACCACUUCCUGUUCCACUCAGACUCUGAGGUUCAGUCUCUUUGUUGAACAGCAGAAUCGUGUUGAGAGAAAUUAAGUCGUUCGUCUUUCUGCUUCUCGUGUUUCCUCCGACAGACGCCAUGUCGCUGUACGACCCGCAGCUCUGCUACAUCCUGGACGGAUUCCUGGGCCUGUACGGACUCUUCAUCACCGGGAUGUUCAUCAAAGAGAAGUUCUUUAGAUCCAAAGUGAAGUGGGAUGAAGAUCAGGAACCGGACGGUGCCGACGGCGGCUACACUGGACUGGUGAGAGACACCGAGAGAGGACGGAACCGCUGGCUGACCGAGGACUCCACCUACCAGGACUUGAACCGACCAAUAGACGGAGACUAUAAAGAACUUCCUGUGAAACGAGAGCGAAAGAAAAAGAACGAGCAGAUUUAUCAGGGUCUGAGCUCGGCCACCAGAGACACCUACGACGCUCUCCAGAUGCUGCCACUUCCUGCUCGUUAAAUCCGCCCACUCAUCGUGGAUCCUCUCGAUGAUCACAUGAUUUUUUUUCAUGGGUUAACAUGUUGAUGGGACAGUGCCCCCUCCAGGCCUCCACACGUAAAUGCUUUAUUGUUGCAGUUUCUGCUUCUUUAUUAAAACGUUUGCUUUGUUUUUUCCAGUUUGUUUCUUAUCAGUAUUUCGUUAGAUUUUUAUCGAUUUUUCAUAAUUUGAUAUUUUACUGAGUAGUAUUGCUAAGGCGUCUGAAUAACAGACUUUAUUUUGAUGUUUAAACAUUUUCUGAUUCAAAUCUGUUUUAAUUAAAUAAAUGUUUUAUUAAAAUCGU